CUUGCCAGUUGCCACCAUAAAUUAUACGUAUAGAGCAGACCUUUGCGAAGUUCGGACUUCGGGAUUUAGUAGGAAUAAAUCAAAAAGUUUUAUUUGUGCGUGUUUUCUGAGAAAAACCUGUGCAUUUUCCAAACGCGUGCGUACCCUACAAUGUUUUGGACAGUCAUUCCCGAAAUAUAAAUAACACAUACCUCAGUGCCGCGUACAAGUCCAACAGUUUACAGUAAACAGUUCGCUCAUUCUCUGCGUAUCAUCAAUAUUUCACAAUGAAAGUAACAGUUUCCACGUUAAACGAUGAAAUUUUCGUCCUCGACGUGUCCGAGGACUUGGAGUUGGAGAAUUUUAAGGCGUUUUGUGAAAUAGAAUCAGGUUUUCCCGCGUCUCGUAUUACUUUGACUUUCAACGGGAAACCUAUGAUUAACGACAAGAAAUCCUUGAAAGAGCUGGGUGUACACGACGGAGACGUGAUUGUGAUGCUGCGGAUGGUGUCACGUUCGGACUCCACGCUGAAUGCGAACGAUGCUAACCAAGCUUUACCUACUGGGUUGGCAAACCUUGACUUCAGCAAUAUUCAUGUGCCGCAAGGCGCUGCCAGUACCUCUAUGGCUACCAGGACUGCACCCGUAGAGGAAGACCCACGCAUCAUCAGGGAAAUGUUCCUGGCUAACCCUGACCAACUUGCUUUGCUCAAACAAAACAACCCAAGAUUAGCUGAUGCAUUGCUAAGUGGCAAUCUUGAUACCUUUGCGUCUGUCCUCCGGGAACAAAUAUCAGUCCGCACUGAACGCCAGCAGCAACGGAUAAGGAUGAUGAAUUCGGACCCCUUCGACACAGAAGCCCAGCGUAUGAUUGCAGAGGAGAUCCGACAGAAGAACAUAGAAGCUAAUAUGGAAGCAGCGAUGGAAUACAACCCGGAGACAUUUGGAACUGUUGUUAUGCUGUAUAUCAAUUGUCAUGUUAACGGGUUUCCAGUAAAGGCUUUCAUUGACUCCGGUGCGCAAACGACCAUUAUGUCGGCAGCUUGUGCUGAACGAUGCAACAUCAUGAGAUUGGUUGAUACAAGAUGGGCGGGCAUAGCGAAGGGUGUUGGUGUGCAAAGGAUCAUUGGGCGUAUACACAUGGUGCAAAUGAGGAUCGAGAAGGAUUUCCUCACCACCUCCUUCUCCGUUCUGGAGGAACAGCCCAUGGAUAUGCUGCUGGGGCUCGAUAUGCUGAAGAGACACCAGUGCAAUAUAGACUUGAAACGCAACGUGCUUCGCAUCGGUACAACGGGGACGGAGACGCCCUUCUUGCCCGAGUCCGACCUUCCAGAAUGCGCAAGGCUCUCCGGUUUCUCAGAGGAUGAGAUCGUCAACCAGUCAGCCCGGGACCAUGAAGAGAGACAGGUCAAGGAAGCUCUCGAGAAGUCCAAACAAGAGAAUACGGGGACUGCAAGACCGCCCACAACAGGCGCUCCUACUGUAACGUCUCAGGGUCAGCAGUCGAGCCAGCCGACGAAUCAGAGAAUCGGACUCGCGAAUCCCAGCUUGACAAUUUUGCCGACGGAUAGGUUUAGCGAAACAGAGGUGGAAGAAAUUGUAGCCCUUGGCUUUAAUAGAGAACAGGCGAUCGUGGAACUGAGGCGAUUCAACGGAGACAAGACGCAAGCGACUGUGGCUCUUUUUGCCAAAUCGCUCAAAUUUUAACAUGCAGGGACUUCAAAGGAUAGUAUGCACCGAAUAUUUCGCAACUGAGUGUUCGUUCGACUUUUAUAACCUAUCCGGUUGUUUCCUAAUUCAGUUUUAUACUUUGUUGACGACGUCAGUUUUAUAUUUUCUUAAGUCUGUAAGGCUGCGGCCACACGAUGCGAUUCCGGUGCGUUGCGGCGCCGCACCGCUUUGGAUUUUAGUAUUUAGCAACGCACCACCCCUAUUCAGGCUCAAAAUGUUGAAUUCCUAAAAUGUUGAAUUUCAAUCCCCAAAAUGUUGAAUCUUAAAAGUAAGCUUUUAAUUCACAUAUGCGGCCAAGUGAAGGUAUGUAAAUAGCUCACUAAUGAGAACAUAAACUGGAUUCAGGGACUUUUGAGAUAGCCCCUGUCACAAAAAUGGUCUAAAACGGACAACUUUGAUGGUAAGUCUUUGAUUCCUUUCUGUUUUAAGAUUCAACAUUUUGCGAAUUCAACAUUUUGGGAUUCAACAUAUUGCAAUUGCAAAAUUCAACACUAUAAGGAUUCAACAUUUUGGAGCUGAAGGAUUUGUAUGUAGCACGCCGCAGCGGCACCGCUCAGGCGCCGCGCCGCCAACGCAACGCAUCGUGUGGCUGCACUCUAAAAUGCAUGUAUAAGACAUACAUAUAAGUUUACUUUAAGCAGAAUUAGUUGUACCAUAUUUUAUCCGUUUUUAUAUUUAAUCCGUUUUCCAACAUGACACCUAAAUGAAUUGAAAAUAAUGUAAUUGUUUUUUUUUUUAAAGUUAUUUAUCAGCAAAUUCGGAUGUGAUUGAACAUAGUGGUCAAAUGCACAAUUCUGUUACGGCUGGAGUAUAAUUAUUUGCAUGUUAUGUUGAUUUUAAACUAGUUCACGUGUACUUAACAGCUCGAAGAAUCAUACGCAUGAAAAAACAUACACAAACAAAUAUAAAUAGUAAAUGUUGUUAUAUUUUAAUCAUUAUACAUCUCUCAUGUGAAAUACGUUGUUUUGCUAAUGAAAUCAUUGUUUAAUCAAUAGUUUUUAAAACAGAGUGUGGCCUAACCAAGGAUUUUUUACGUGUACUUAACAGCUCGAAAAAUCAUACAUAUACUUGUAUUAUAAUCUUAAAACCAUGUAAACAACAGGUAUGAAUUAUUAUAAAGAGUAAAUAUUGUUAUAUUUUAUUUAUAUACAUCUCUUAUAUGAAAAACGUUGUAUUGUUAACAAAAUCAUUUUUUAAUCAAUCAAUUUUAAAAUUGUUUUUCGAUUUGAACAGAGUGUGGCCCAACCAAGGAUUUUUCACGGCUCUGGGUUCUAGUCCUUUUUAGCAUUGACCAUAAAACUGUACUAUGCCAAUGUCAUUUCAUUAUGUGGCAUAAUAUAGGCCAUUUUAUCAUACUACUUGCAUAAGAAAUAAAAGCUAUACAAAUAUUACCAACGCGGUAUCAAUUAAUAAUGGAUUUUAAUAAAUUUUAGAAUGAAGUUUAGAUAAAUAAAGGCUUAUAAGACUUAAAUAUAUGGAUGAUCGUAAAUUCGAAUUUUUUAACACUUGCACACACCCACUUAUGUAAAUAAAGAAUUGAAUAAACUAAUUGGGAUAACAGGUCUAAAUGUAUGUAAUCCCUUUCAUAAUGCUCCUGGCGGAAAAGGAUAGUGCUAGAUUUUGACUUGUCAAUUGUGUAGGUAAAACAGAAUUAGCCAUAUUGUCAAACAUGAUUAUUUUAUUUUAAAAAUAAGAUGCAAUCACUUUAAUUUAUUCGUUCUUAUAAAGGAAUCUUAUGUGUCUUUUGAUACGCCAUGGCACAGUUUUUACCAGAUAUUGUGUUUAUUUUUCUUUUUAUUGAUAUACUGCCAAAUCAGUAAAAAUCUUUAGAUUUAUGUCUACAAUAACAAUACUUUUUAACAAGUUUCAUAAUGUUUUCCUUUUGGACAAAAUUUAGUUAUAAGGUGCAUAGCUUCCUAACAUAAUCAGUCUAGAACUUUCGGAACUGAUAUGUUUUCGAAAUAAAAAUAGUUUUAAAGUGGUAUAUAUAUAUUAAGUUUUGGGUUCGGCGAAGCAACAGGGAGUGUCCAACUAGUUUGGAAUAAAUAUACCUACCUUUAUUUACCUAUAUACCUUUUUUUAUUUAGGUUACAAUAAAUAAUUUUAAAGCGAAAA